AUGGCUGGUGUGUUCGACAUCGAUCUGGAUCAACCAGAUGACAUUGUUUCUGAGGACGAGCUUGAAGACGGGGGUGAAUACAUGGACCAAUGCAGCAGCGGUUUUGAGUUUAACAUAGAUGGCUGUGAGAAGUUUGAGAUAUCUGAGACCAGUGUAAACAAAGGAACAGAACAGAUUCGGCCUGAAUGCUUUGAGCUGCUGAAAGUUCUGGGGAAAGGUGGUUAUGGAAAGGUGUUCCAAGUCCGUAAAGUCACAGGUGCUGCAUCUGGAAAGAUUUUUGCAAUGAAAGUUUUGAAGAAGGCAAUGAUUGUCCGUAAUGCAAAAGAUACUGCUCACACCAAAGCUGAGCGUAACAUCCUGGAGGAGGUGAAGCAUCCUUUUAUCGUGGACUUGAUAUAUGCCUUUCAAACUGGGGGAAAGUUGUACCUUAUACUAGAAUACCUCAGUGGCGGAGAACUAUUUAUGCAACUCGAACGAGAAGGAAUAUUUAUGGAGGACACUGCAUGUUUCUACCUGGCUGAGAUCUCCAUGGCUUUGGGCCAUCUGCACAAGAAGGGCAUCAUCUAUAGAGACUUGAAGCCUGAGAAUAUUAUGCUCAACAGCAAUGGACAUGUCAAGCUGACAGACUUUGGUCUCUGCAAGGAGUCAAUCCAUGAUGGCUCUGUAACCCACACCUUCUGUGGCACCAUUGAAUAUAUGGCUCCAGAGAUCCUGAUGCGAAGUGGACACAAUCGUGCAGUCGAUUGGUGGAGUCUCGGUGCUCUCAUGUACGACAUGCUGACCGGAGCACCACCCUUUACCGGGGAAAACCGAAAGAAGACCAUUGACAAAAUAUUGAAAUGCAAACUUAGUCUUCCACCAUAUCUGACACAAGAAGCAAGAGACCUCCUCAAAAAGCUGUUGAAGAGAAAUGCUUCAGUGCGACUUGGGGGUGGCCAAGGCGAUGCUGCAGAGGUCCAGGCUCACCCUUUCUUCCGUCAUACAAACUGGGAUGACCUGCUUGCUCGUAAAGUAGAGCCUCCUUUUAGACCUUUUCUGCAAUCAGCUGACGAUGUCAGCCAGUUCGACUCCAAAUUUACUAGUCAGACUCCAGUGGACAGUCCAGAUGAUUCCACACUCAGUGAAAGUGCUAAUCAAGUCUUCCUGGGUUUUACAUAUGUAGCCCCAUCGGUUCUUGAAAAUAUCAAAGAGAAGUUCUCUUUUGAACCAAAAGUUCGUUCUCCACGCAAAUUCCCUGGAAGUCCAAGAACACCUAUAAGUCCGGUGAAGUUUGCUGGUGGGGACUGCUGGCCUCGGGGACCCGCUCUAAAUGACGGGACAUGUGUGCUCUCUCGUGGCAUAUCAGUGGAACAACCAAUGGAGCUGUCAUCUGUUGAGCAAACAGACAUUAGCAGCAGUGGAACGACAGAGGUCUCAGCACCACUUCCUAUCCGACAGCCAUCAGGCAUCAACAUUGGACAAUAUAAGAAACCGGCCUUUCCUUUAAAUUCCAAGAGACCAGAGCAUUUAAGAAUGAAUCUAUGA